UGAUGUGAAGCUCUGUGAUUGGCUGACUGUUCAUGAAAUGCAUUUUGGGAGUCGUAGUUUUUCUGAUCCAACGUCACCUGAAUAUUGUUUUUACUUUUCAGAAUAGUUUUAUGUCAGUUUCAUCUCUGUCCUCAGGUCCGAUGACGUCCUGAAAAAACCUGAUCAGAUGUGUGUGUGUCCAGAUCACAUGAUGAGCUACACCUUCUCUCGUCCAAUCACAGAUCAGCAUUCUUCUCACUUGAGCUUCAGUCUGUCUCCCUCUGCUGGACUCUGUGAGGACCGCGACGUCUCUCAACCCUCGGAUGCUCUGCCCUUCUUCGUCUACCCCUCCAGGAUGGACGCCGCUGGCCUCGGCCUCUACAAAGGUCCUCUGAGGGGCCCUGGCCCUGGGCUUCUGCCGUACCUGACCCCCUUCCACCACCAUGGACACUUCAGCGUGUACGAGUGUCCCUUCGAGCCGGCGUUCAUCCAGAAACGAAACGAACGCGAGCGUCAGAGGGUAAAGUGCGUGAACCAGGGUUACGCCAAACUGAGGGACCACCUGCCGGGUCAGAGCGCCGACAAACGCCUCAGCAAGGUUGAGACUCUGCGCGCCGCCAUCAGGUACAUCAAGUACCUGCAGGGACUGGUGGAGCUGGAAGACGGGGGCCACAACGGGGACAGGUCCCCCAACACUUCAGCCCCUGGACCAGACUGAGGGGGUCACACGUUGCUGUCGUCUGCUCUGUUCAACAAACAUCAUAGAUCCAGAACGUGAACUAAGCCACAAGAUCAGAACCAGACCAUGAAACAAGAACCAGAACAGAACCAGAUCUGAAUCAGACGUGAACCAGAACCUGAACAGAUCAUGAAAGAAAAACCAGAACGAGACCAGAACCAGCCUUUCAGAGGAUGAAUUAGAUUCAGUUCCUGAUCUGGUCAAGUCCUAAAACACUCCUGCAGUCACACUCACUUACUUGCAGGGGGCGCUGUUUGACUGCAGGACUAACAGUAGAGCUCCCCCUGCUGGACAAACUAAUAUCUGAGGAGAAAAAACUGUUGAAUGGUUUCUCACAAAUUUACAGAUUUUUCAACGAUUCAAAAUAAAUA